AAUUUGUAAUAAAAAAAAACUGUUAGGUGUUUCUCUUUGUCAAUGUAAGAUAGAGAAAUCAAUUUUGGGUAGAAAGAAGUUGUGAACUAACUACCUACCAAUAAGCCACAUGACUGUGAGAAGCUUUUGUUUCCCUCCCAUUUCUCUAUAUUAAUGGUGCUUCCUCUCUAAACCAUUCCUCUCUCUUUCUCUCUACCACCAUUUAUUCUCUCCUUAAUCACUGACUCGACUCGGGUCGUGACCAGGUCUGUUCUCUUCUAACAAUUCGUAACUUUUUUUCUUAGAUCUGUCUUGAUUCCGAUUCGUGUUUUUGAUACCAAAGUUUCGAUAUUUACGAGGAGGGUUGCGUAAAAAUCGGAACUUUUUUUCUUUCUCAAUCCCAGAUUCGUUAAUGGAGUAAUGAGAUCUGUUUGUUAGUGAUUAUCGAAUUAGUUUUUUUCUAUCUGAGCUAUGGCAACGGGACAGCUUUUUUCUCGUACCACACAAGCUUUGUUCUACAACUAUAAGCAGCUUCCUGUUCAACGAAUGCUCGAUUUCGACUUUCUCUGUGGACGUGAAACGCCUUCUGUUGCUGGAAUCAUAAAUCCUGGUUCUGAAGGUUUUCAAAAGCUCUUUUUCGGGCAGGAGGAAAUCGCUAUCCCUGUUCAUGCCGCCAUUGAGGCAGCUUGUGCUGCGCAUCCAACAGCGGAUGUAUUCAUCAACUUUGCAUCUUUUAGGAGUGCUGCUGCUUCAUCCAUGGCUGCUUUGAAGCAGCCGACUAUUAAAGUUGUGGCAAUUAUAGCUGAAGGUGUUCCAGAAUCAGACACUAAGCAGCUGAUUGCGUAUGCUCGUGCAAACAAUAAGGUUGUUAUUGGACCGGCUACUGUUGGAGGUAUUCAAGCUGGAGCCUUUAAGAUUGGUGAUACUGCAGGAACAAUUGAUAACAUUAUCCAGUGCAAGCUAUACAGACCUGGAUCUGUUGGUUUUGUCUCCAAAUCUGGUGGAAUGUCUAAUGAAAUGUACAAUACUGUUGCCCGUGUGACUGAUGGGAUCUACGAAGGCAUUGCUAUUGGUGGAGACGUGUUCCCAGGAUCGACUUUAUCUGACCACAUCCUUCGGUUUAACAACAUCCCACAGAUAAAAAUGAUGGUUGUACUUGGAGAGCUUGGAGGAAGAGAUGAAUACUCUCUUGUUGAAGCUUUGAAAGAGGGAAAAGUCAAUAAACCUGUGGUUGCUUGGGUCAGUGGAACUUGUGCACGACUCUUCAAGUCUGAAGUACAGUUUGGUCAUGCAGGUGCCAAAAGUGGCGGCGAGAUGGAGUCUGCACAAGCCAAGAAUCAAGCUCUCAUAGAUGCUGGAGCUAUUGUUCCCACUUCAUUUGAAGCUCUAGAAUCUGCAAUCAAAGAGACUUUUGAGAAACUGGUUGAAGAAGGAAAGGUCUCUCCUAUCAAGGAAGUCAUUCCUCCACAAAUCCCUGAGGAUCUCAAUUCUGCAAUUAAGAGUGGGAAAGUCCGGGCUCCUACUCACAUCAUCUCCACCAUAUCUGAUGACAGAGGGGAGGAACCAUGCUAUGCUGGUGUUCCAAUGUCUUCCAUCAUCGAACAAGGCUAUGGAGUGGGUGAUGUCAUUUCCCUUCUAUGGUUCAAACGUAGUCUACCUCGUUACUGUACAAAAUUCAUUGAGAUAUGCAUAAUGCUGUGUGCUGAUCACGGUCCAUGCGUCUCCGGCGCUCACAACACCAUUGUAACAGCAAGAGCAGGCAAAGACCUCGUCUCAAGUCUUGUCUCAGGUUUAUUGACCAUUGGUCCCCGAUUUGGUGGUGCCAUUGAUGACGCUGCUCGAUACUUCAAAGACGCGUGUGACAGGAAUCUCACACCUUAUGAAUUUGUUGAGGGAAUGAAGAAAAAGGGAAUCCGAGUCCCCGGGAUUGGACACAGGAUCAAGAGCAGAGACAACAGAGACAAAAGAGUGGAGCUUCUUCAGAAAUUUGCUCGGUCCAACUUCCCAUCAGUGAAGUACAUGGAGUACGCAGUGACAGUGGAGACAUACACGCUCUCAAAGGCAAACAACCUCGUACUCAACGUUGAUGGAGCCAUUGGAUCUCUCUUCUUGGACCUUCUAGCUGGAAGUGGGAUGUUCACUAAACAAGAGAUUGACGAGAUUGUUCAGAUCGGUUAUCUCAACGGUCUGUUUGUUCUUGCUCGCUCCAUCGGUUUGAUCGGGCACACGUUUGAUCAGAAGAGAUUGAAGCAGCCACUGUAUCGUCACCCAUGGGAAGAUGUGUUGUACACCAAGUAAAACUCAUUUCAAUCCUAUUUUUGUUAUUAUUCCAAUUAAUUAGCCUUUUAAAAUUCUUCUGAGAGAUGUUUACUUAAAAAAUGCAUAUCUAUAUGCUCUUCUUCUGUCUCUUUUGUUGUCAUGUAUGUUUGUUCACUUCUUCUUCUUUUUUCAAUUAUUUAAACUUUCUUUGUCUCUCUUUCUCUGUUACAUCCAAAUCACCAUUUUUUGGGAUUCUAUGAGUCAUGCUCAUGCAUGUCUAUAUCUUAAUCGUGAUUUGUCCUUCGAAAUGUUGGUGAUCUACCAAGUACAACUACCAAAUUGUAGUCCAACCAUAUCAAAGCAAAUAUAUAUCUAUAUUACCAACUCAUAGAAUCUAUA